CCACUCGUCCUCGUCAGUCGUCAGUGUCACAUUUAUUGUGGUGGUUGUAUACAAAAUUAAUUGUCACUUUCUUUUUACAUUUCACUUAUGCAUACGCAUGUCAAUUUGUCAUAGCUGAAGCUGAUGGCGGAAAUCGCUAAUAAUCUCAAUCAAGUAGCUGAAAGUAACACCGUUACUGUUGUUGAGGAAGAAAAUGCUAGCGCUCAGCAGGAUCUCCCAACAUUGCGGUUGAGGCUUAAAAAACCUAAAUCCAAGAAACAAGUAAAAUGGGGUGAAGACACAGUUGAUAAUGAACACUUAAAUAAGAAAAAAUCCAAAUGUUGCUGCAUUUACAACAAGCCUAGGGCGUUUGGUGAGAGUUCGGACAGUGAAGAUGACGACGAGUGUGACAACUGUCACGGGCAUGUUGAGAGGCGGAAAAAAGCUCGAGGUGAAGGGGGUGGGGACCAAGACACCGCCCCUACCUCUACCCCUCCCCCUCUGGUACCUGCCUAGACUCCAUAUCUUAGCCACACACUGUAUUUUGUACUGAUCACCCAUUCUUGUGUAGAUUACUAUUAUACUGUAUACACCAUUGUAUUUUUAGGCUUUUAAAUUAUAAUAUAAGUUAUUGUCAGAUCA